GAAAUUUUUUUGUAGGAUGGCGGAUGGUGAUGGACCUUGGUAUGACGGAUUAAUCGAUGAGUGGGAUAAGGAGCAUCGUGCUCGUGCCAUUGAAAAUGGACAGGUUGUAGUUGCUAUGCGCAUGAGGGGUCAUUCCGCUGAUGACUUUGAUUACGACCCGCGGUAUGAGCCUUACAUUCGGAGAUUGGGUCUUCUCCCAUUCGUGUUGCAGUUUAAGCGACGCGCUCCGCCGGUGAACCACGCGGCGCUGACCGCACUUGUGGAUCGUUGGAGGCCGGAGACUCACUCCUUCCACCUUCCAUGUGGGGAGAUGACGAUGACCCUACAGGACAUGGCUAUAUAA